UUAUCAACCAUCAUGUAGACGUUUACCGCAGUAUUGUUAUGAGCUUAGGUGUAUAAAGUCUAUUCAUAGUAAAAUUCAGCCGAUUAAUAUUGGCUACGCUUGAAUAGUAACGACUUUAAUCCGUCAGAGAAAGGUGUAUACAGCUUUAGAUAUGAUAAAGAAACGACAGAAGCUGGUACAGUUAGCUGACAGUUCUGAGCUGGGCUGGCGCAUGGUGGCGGAAUAUGAAACCAACCCGAUAGCAAGUGACAGCGAUGAUGAAAAGAAAAUGUAUAAGGCUGAGGCGAGAGCUGCGAGGAAGGUGAAAUCUGACAAGUCCAAGAUCCGUCGUGGUCGGGCAUUUCCUAACAGACGUCAACGACAGGUUCCAGAUACUCCGUCGUCGUCUGGCGUAAUGCAGCGUAAAAGACGUCCAGGUUUAUGCUUUACUUGCGAAAAGCCCGGUCACUGGAAGAUGGAAUGCAAUCAAAAUAGUAGCAACCGUAACAAUAAGUUAAGUAGAUCUAGUUCAUUAUGUUUUGUAAAUGUAAAGAUUCAAAAUUUGAUACAAAUAUUGAAAAACUGUCUGUUGCUGGUAAGAAAACCAGUCAGAAUGAAAUGUCUGAUAUACAGCGUAGAUCUACAGAUGGUACUGUAGAUGGCGUUUAUGGUUCUUUUGAUCAAAGUGUCUCAUGUGCAAAUACCAGUUUUAAUGAUACAGGACAUAACAGCACAGAUUCUAUAAAUAAUCAUGACACACACUGUGUGCAAAAUGUUCAUAAUAUAAACGUUCAAAACUGUAACGUAAAUGAGACACAUUUGACUGACAGUCAGAAAGUAGGUGCGAAACCAUCGCCAGUUGGUAGGUUAAAGAAGCAUGUUUCUGAGUGGAAAAAAUAUAUCAGAUAAUGUAUAUAUAAUAGGUGUUGUACAGGAAGGUUAUAAAUUACCAUUCAAAGAGAUACCUCCUAAAGUUCAUCUUAAAAAUAAUAGAUCAGCUCGGGAAAAUCCCGAAUUGUUUGUAGUGAAAUAAAUUCACUUUUGCAGAAAGGCGUUAUCUCCGAGGUUAAUGAGAAACCUUACGUAGUUAAUCCUUUAACUGUAGCUUGUAACAAAGAGUCAAAACCCAGGCUAGUUCUUGACUGCAGACACAUCAAUCCAUAUUUGCAUAAAUUUAAGAUUAAGUUUGACGACAUAAAAGUCGCAGAGCAAUUGUUUGGUAUAUCAAGCUAUACAUUUACAUUUGAUUUAAAAUCAGCAUACCAUCAUAUUGAUAUAUAUGCAUCCCAUGUUACCUACUUAGGUUUCGGUUGGGUACAUGAUGGUAAAGAAAAGUACUAUGUUUUCAAUUCUUUACCGUUUGGUAUUGCCACAGCUGGCCAUAUUUUUACUAAAACCUUACGGGUGAUUAUCAGAUACUGGAGAAAUUUAGGUCACAGAGUUGUAAUGUUUUUAGAUGACGGAAUUGGGGGUCAUCGUGAAUUUAUAAAAGCUCUAGAAUUAAGUCAGUCUGUGAAAGUUUCAUUGUUAAAGUUUGGGUUUAUGUUAGCGGAGGAGAAAUGCAAAUGGUUACCGGCUAUGGUUUCAUGCUGGUUAGGUCAUGUUUUAGAUUUCGAAAGAAAUAUGUUGUGUGUAUCUGAUGAACGCAUACAUUCAUUAGAAUGUUCAAUAGAUUCAGUGCUUUUUCAAAUUUAUAAAGACAGAUUUAGUGUAGUACCAGUCAGGGUAUUAGCAGCCGUUGUGGGUCAGAUUAUUUCAUUACAUAGUGUGUUGGGGAAAGCAGUAAGUCUCAGAACUAAAUAUUUGUACGGUUGUAUUUUAGCAAGGGCUAGCUGGAACUCACCAGUGCAAGUAACAAAACAGGCCAUUUUAGAAUUACAAUACUGGCGAAAGAAUGCUAGAAACUUGAAUUCUGCAGGCAGAUCAUUUAAGCAAGUAGAGUAUAUCGAUGCGUACUUAUUUUCAGACGCUAAUGCAUUUGCAUACGGCGGUUACAUACAGAAAUUCGAACCAAAUGUAGAUGUUAAGAAAAUGAGCAGUAGUUUAAUAAAAAGAGUGCUCCCGGAAGUGAGCAUUUGCGAUGACGUAUCAAAGAUGGGGUCAAUAAUGCCCUCAGACGCGAGCAGUUGUCAGUUUAUGCUCCCAGAAGUGAGCAAGUGUCCUGUUACGCUCCCAGAAGUGAGUAAGAGUAUUUUUACGCUCCCGGAAGAGAGCAGGUGUUCAGUUAUGAUCCCGGAAGUGAGCAGGUGUUCUGUUAUGCUCCCGAAAGUGGGCAAGUGUCAUGUUACGCUCCCGGAAGUGAGCAAGUGUUCUGUUAUGCUCCCGGAAGUGAGUAGUUGCCCUGUUUUGCUCCCGCAAGUGAGCAAGUGUUCUGGAUUCACCUGAGGGGAUUACUUUUAUUUACACUGUCCCGUGUCUUUGGAACAUGGUGAGGGUAAGAGUGAGGUUGGGUGCGCACCAUAAACCGGUUUAAGCUCCCCAGUGGUGUUUUUGCCACUGACCGUUCCAAGGCGAUGCCCCACUGUAUUCCUUUGUUUGUUCGUUUUGUCCUCUUGUGUAGGCUUUGUGUGUGUGUUCCUUUGUUUGUUCGUUUUGUCCUCGUGUGUUGACUUUGUGUGUGUGUAUGCGCGUGUAUGUGUAUGUGUAUGUGUGUGUGUGUGUGUGGUGUGCACGUCUGCGUGCUGUAGGUUUCGUUUUGGGGAGGCUGCGAUUUUGGUACGUGGCAUUCCCUGUUUGAUAUUUGUCUUUGUUUUUUUUUCUGUUAUGAUCCCUGAAAUGAUCAGGUGUCCAGUUUUGCUCCCGGAAGUGAGCAAGUGUCCUGUUAUGCUCCCGGAAGUGAGCAAGUGUCCCGUUAUGAUCCCGGAAGUGAACAAACAUACUGUUAAGUCUUCGGAUACCAGAAUCUUUUCUGAUAUAUUUUCAAAUGAAAUCAAGGGCAAUAAUAUACUCCCGAAAGAGAGCAUGAGUAGUGUUUUGUUCCCACAAAUGAAAUUGGGCAAUUGGCAAUCGGACUGCUUAGAUCUUGAUAUGUGUCAGGAUAAUGAUGGUGCCGUGUAUGGCUCUUGGAAUGACGAAGAAGCAGGCAAGAGUUCAACCUGGCGUGAGCGUGAAGCUGUCCGUAGAAUACGGUAUUGUUUAGUAAUUUAGAGUUUUUGAAAAAUUCUCAUAUCAAAUUUUUUUCAGAUAACCAGAACGUUAAAUAUAUUUUUCAGGGCGGUAGCCGUGUAGAAGAGUUACAUUUUAUUUCCAUGCAUAUUAACAACGUUUGUGAUAAACACAAUAUAAGCUUCACCACUGAAUGGAUCCCUAGAUCACAAAACGAAAGUGCAGAUUAUUUGAGCAGAUGUUAUGAUGCAGAUGAUUGGUUUGUUACAAAUGAAAUGUUCAGGCAUUUAGAUAAUAAGUGGGGGCCCCAUACGGUAGACAGAUUUGCUACACAUUAUAACAACAAAUGUUUUCGUUUUAAUUCAAAGGGGUGGGUGCCCGGUACAGAGGCAGUUGAUAGUUUAAGCCAAUUAUGGCAAGGUGAGAAUAACUGGGCUGUACCACCUCCGUACUUAAUCACAAGGUGUUUAAGAAAAAUCGAAAGUGAGAGGUCGAACACUACUAUUGUUAUUCCAGAGUGGUUCUCUGCUCCUUACUGGCCGUUCAUUGUCAACCUUUACAAACAAAAUCACGACAGUUUCAUUCAAGAUGUUUUUGCAUUACCUUGUACAGGAGCAAUUUCCGCAGGAAAAGGCAGCCGCGGAAUAUUUAAUAACGAACCAUUUUCUUUCAGAAUGCUGGCUUUGAGAUGUUCGUUCACCUAGCUGUUCAGUGUGUUUUAGUUGUAAGUUAAGUUGUUUAAACACAUACAUGACAUGUAUAAAUAUUUUGCAGGUUCUGGUUUGAGACAUACUUUAAAACGAAAGUUUGAGGAAGCUGGUGUAAAUAUUGACAAUAGUGAUUCAGUAGUAGACAGAAUGGCAAACCACAUAUUAUCUGCUAGAGCUGAUGGAACAGUGACGAAAUAUUCUAGUCCGAUUAAAUACUUUGAAAACUUUUGUAAAAUGAAAGGCUUCCAGUCACGCCCUGCAAAUUCUAUACAUGUGACUAUGUACUUAUCAAGCCUAAUAGAUUUGGGAAAGUCAGACAACGUGAUAUCUUCAGCGUUCUAUGCGAUCAAAUGGUUACAUGACAUUAAUGAUUUCGAUGAUCCUACAAAGUCUUCGACAGUGACUAAAAUGCUAGAAUGCAGAAACGUUUAAAUUCGAAACCCGUGCAGAAGAAGGAUGUCAUUAAUUCUGAACAUUUAGUGCGAUUGUGUGAUAUUUAUCCAGGCACUACAGACGUUAUAACUUUGAGAGAUUUAGCUAUGAUAUUAAUCGGUUAUUCAGGAUUUUUGAGAUAUAAUGAAAUUAGUGAACUCAAAUGGAAUGAUGUUGAGUUUAAACCCGAUUAUAUUGUAUUACACGUUAGAAAGAGCAAAACAGACAUAUAUAGGUCAGAUAGACAGGUAUUAAUAGCAAAAGGUUCUACUUCGGCUUGUCCAGUUGCCAUGUUGCAAAUAUAUAUUAAGCAUUCAGGUCUGUCUUUCGGUUCCGAUUCAUACUUAUUCAAGCCAGCAUGUAGAUCAGGUUCAAAAUGCUUUUUGUUAAAGUCAAAUAAGAAACUUAGUUACACUCGUGCUAGGGAAUGCAUAUUGAUUAAACUUAAACUUGUCGCUCCUGAUUUGAAUUUAGGUCUUCAUUCACUUAGAGCAAGCGGUGCGACCGUUGCAGCAAACUCUAAAGGUGUUUCAGAUCGCUGUCUUAAGAGACACGGUCGAUGGAAAACUGAUACAGCCAAAGAUGGCUAUAUAGAAGAUUCUCUAGAUAAAAAGUUAUUCAUAACUAAACAAUUACAGUUGUAAAAUUUAAGGUAAUAUGCGCCACCUAACGAUUUUAAACGGACUGUUAAGAAAUUUUACCAAAUUAAAGUUGACGAUAUUUCCGAU